AUGGUAUCAUUAUCUCAAGUCCGAGAGAAGAGGAAAGAGGAGGAUCCAAUAGAAACUUUGGAAGAACUCAAAGAAGCCAUGAGGAAAAGGUUUGUCCCAAAACAUUAUGAAAGAGAUUUGAAAACGAAAUUACAAUCUUUGGUACAAAGUGUUGCUGAAUAUUAUCGAGAGAUGGAGACUUUGAUUGGAAGAGCAAGAAUCCAAGAAGAUGAGGAAGACACCAUGUCUAGGUUCCUUGGAGGGUUGAAUCAAGAAAUUGCUCAUCUUGUUGAUAGAAAUCCACCAUAUAAUAUGGAAGAUAUGUAUCAUUAUGCUAUCAAAAUUGAAGCUCAAUUGAAGGAAGAAAAGGAGCGCUCAAAAAGGUAUGUGUCUAAAACUCACACCUUUUCAAGUUCUAAUACAUGGAACAAGGAUGGUUUUGUGAAUAGGAAUGAAUCAAUGCAAUCAAGGGGGAAAUUUGUGGUUGCCCAAAAAGUGGAGACCGAGAGCUCUAAUACUAAGAAGGUUGAAGCUUCAAAGGAGGUAAGAGAGAAGACUAGUUCUAUUCAAUGUUGGAAGUGCAAAGGGUUUGGACACAUGAGUAAAGAUUGUAUCAAUAAAAGAGUCAUGGUGGUGAGAAAUGGCAUGAUUGAUUCGGAAGAUGAAUGUGAGGAAAAUGAUGCACAACUUGAGGAAGAAUAUGAAACACCCGUUGAUGACGAGUAUAUUGAAGAAGGUAGUUCCAUAUCUCUGAUUACAAGGCGGGUACUUAAUGUGAAAAUCAAGGAAGAGAAAAUUGAAGAUCAAAGGGAAAACUUGUUUCACACAAGAUGUUUGAUUAAAGGAAGCCCAUGUAGCUUGGUGAUUGAUAAUGGAAGUUGCACAAAUGUGGUAAGUAGUUUUCUUGUAAAAAGGUUUCAACUUACUACUCGUCCACAUCCAAAACCAUAUAAACUUCAAUGGUUGACCAACAAAGGAGAAUUGAAGGUAAAUUCUCAAGUUCUUAUUUCUUUUACUUUGGGAAGAUAUAAGGACGAAGUUCUUUGUGAUGUUGUACAUAUGCAUGCAGGAGAUAUUUUGUUAGGCCGACCUUGGCAAUAUGAUAGAGAAGAAUUUAAUGACAUGUUUCCACAUGAAGAUGCACCUACGGGUUUACCUCCUCUAAGAGGGAUUGAGCAUCAAAUUGACUUCAUUCCGGGUGCAACUCUUCCAAACAUGGCUGCCUAUAGAACCAAUCCAACCGAGACUAAGGAGAUCCAAAGACAAGUUGAAGAACUCAUGGAUAAAGGGUAUAUUAGAGAAAGUAUGAGUCCUUGCUCAGUUCCGGUGAUUUUGGUACCCAAGAAAGAUGGUACAUGGAGGAUGUGGUUCAUUGUUGGAAAGGAUGGAGUAAAAGUUGAUGAAGAAAAGGUAAAGGCUAUCCGAGAAUGGCCAACUCCUACCAAUGCAUCCGAGGUAAGAUCCUUCCAUGGUUUGGCUAGUUUCUAUAGGAGAUUUAUUAAAGAUUUUAGUAGCAUAGCCUCACCAUUAACUGAACUUGUGAAAAAGCAUGUGAAAUUUGAAUGGAAAGAAAAGCAGGAAAAUGCAUUCAAUGAGCUUAAAGAAAAAUUGAUCAAAGCACCUUGUCUUGCUUCUAACUUUGAUAAAUCUUUUGAGAUAGAAUGUGAUGCAAGUGGGAUAGGUAUAGGGGCUGUUUUGAUGCAAGAAAAGCAACCAAUCAUGUUCUUUAGUGAAAAACUAAAUGGAGCUCAACUAAACUACUCGACCUAUGACAAGGAGCUACAUGCGCUUGUGAGGGCUUUGAAAGUUUGGCAACAUUACUUAUGGCCAAAAGAGUUUGUUAUCCACACGGAUCAUGAAAGCUUGAAGCAUCUCAAAGGUCAAACUAAACUUAACAAGAGGCAUGCGAAAUGGGUGGAAUUCAUUGAGACAUUUCCUUAUGUCAUCCAUUACAAAAAGGGUAAGGACAAUAUGGUGGCCGAUGCAUUAUCAAGAAUGUAUGCUUUAUUCUCAUCCCAUAGUGCAAAACUUUGUAUUCCUAAGUGUUCCAUUAGAGAGUUACUUGUGAAGGAAGCUCAUGGGGGAGGACUUAUGGGACAUUUUGGAGAAUUUAAAACAUAUAGCAUGUUGUGUGAACACUUUUAUUGGCUUAAAAUGAGGAAAGAUGUGAACAAAGUGUGCAAGCAAUGUUUCAAGUGUAAGGAGGCUAAGUCUAAGACACAACCACAUGGCCUUUACACACCAUUAGAUGUUCCUAAUGAACCAUGGGUAGACAUUAGCAUGGAUUUUGUUCUAGGAUUACCAAAGACUAGAAGACAUCAUGAUAGUAUUUUUGUGGUGGUUGAUAGGUUUAGUAAGAUGGCUCGUUUCAUUCCAUGUAACAAAACCGAUGAUGCUACCAACAUAGCUAAUCUCUUCUUUAGAGAAGUGGUUAGAUUGCAUGGCAUUCCCAAAACUAUUGUUAGUGAGGAUGUUAAAUUUUUAAGUCUUUUUUGGAAAGUUUUGUGGGGAAAAUUGGGAACUAAGCUUCUAUUUUCUACAACUUGUCACCCACAAACGGAUGGGCAAACUGAGGUGGUUAAUAGAACUUUGGGGGCCUUGCUUAGAUCACUAAUUUCUAAAAAUCUUAAGUCUUGGGAAGAGACCCUACCUUUUGUGGAGUUUGCAUACAAUAGGGCAAUUCAUAGCAUAACUCAUUGUUCACCUUUUGAGGUUGUGUACGGUUUUAACCCUUUGACUCCUCUAGAUUUAUCACCUUUGCCGCCUAAUAUGUUUACUAAUUGGGUUUGGGUUCAUCUAAGAAAGGAAAGGUUUCCGGAUCAAAGGAAGUCAAAACUUCAACAACGAGGCGAUGACCCUUUUCAAGUGCUUGAACGGAUCAAUAACAAUGCAUACAAGUUAGAUCUACGAGGUAAGUACAAUGUAAGUUCUACUUUUAAUGUGGCUGACUUGACUCUUUUUGAUGUAGGCAAUGAAGACCUUGAUUUGAGGACAAAUCCUUCUAAAGAAAGGGGGGAUGAUGUGGAUUCACUCAAUAAUUUAUUGCAUGUACCUGAAGGACCAAUCACAAAGCGCAAGGCAAAGAAGAUACAAGAGGCUUUCACAUUGCAUGUUCAAAAACUGGCAAAUGCACAACGAGAAACCAAGAAUUUUGAACUCAAAUUCUUAGGCUUCGCGUGGCUUUCAUUCUUCUUCUUCCUCAUCGCGAAAGGCCACCGCCUCGCGCCAUUCACCUCCGUAUCACCUCCGCGUCUCUUCGACGACGACGAAACCUUCGACGACGAAACCUUCGACGACGAAACCUUCGACGACGAAACCUUCGACGACGACGACGACCACCGCCGUAUCACCUCCGCGUCUCUUCCGAUUCAACGACAGCAGCUUCGACUACAACCGCCGCGUCUCUUCCGACGACAACCGCCUGACGACAACCGCCGCAUCACCUCAUUCAUCGACGACUACCCAGCCGAGAGGGACUUAAUAAAAAUGCCUACAGAAGUUGUAUGUGAAUCGACAUCAACUUUGCCAUUAGCGUUGAAGUCGAUUCUCAGAUAUGCUGAGAAGGUAAUGGAGAAAGAUUCCAGCAUCACUUUUUCACUACCUGCUGACCUUUUUGGCGUUAGUCGAAAGACUUCUGUGCUUAUGUAGGGGGUUGCCAUAUGAAAGUUUAUGGAUUGGGGAUGAUAUACUUUUGGGCUAGGUUAGUUAAAUAGAUAAUGUUUAGUUCAAUUCUUGGAAAUCUGUUGAAAUUGUUUAUAUAUAUAUAUAUUGGUUUUGUAAAUGAUAUAUGAAUAUGAUGCAAAGUUUUGGAAAUGAUAUUGAAUGGAUGAUGUUUAGUUGCCAUUUGAUGUA